AUGUCAGCCCUCACCAGCAGCAUCAUCACAGUGCUUGCUCUAACAAGUAGUGCAUCUGCCCAUGGAUUCGUCAGGGGCAUUACAGCUGGAGGUCGCUACUAUCAGGGUGCUGAUCCAUCAUUCCAGUACCAACCCGAGAGUCAACGUCCCGCGGUGGCUGGCUGGUCGGCUCAGAACGUCGACAAUGGCUUCCCGGACCCAGUAUACAAUGCACCAGACAUGAUCUGCCACAAAAGCGCUACACCUGGCCAGGCGUUCGUGGAGGUGGCUGCUGGGAGCCCACUCACUCUUCACUGGAAUACCUGGCCAGACACACACAAAGGACCUGUCAUUGACUACCUCGCCAACGCCCGUGGCGCCUUCUCAUCAAUCAACAAGGCAUCUCUGCAAUUCGUCAAAAUUGCUGAGGCUGGACUUUCAGGUGGCACUUGGGCUGCGGAUCGUCUCAUUGCUUCGAACAACUCAUGGACCACGACCAUUCCAAGCUCUAUUGCAGCUGGGGACUACGUUUUGCGCCACGAGAUCAUUGCCCUACACAGCGCCAGCUCACCCGGAGGCGCGCAGAACUACCCUCAAUGCAUCAACCUGAGGAUCACUGGUGGCGGCAGCAAUUCCUUGCCGUCUGGUACGCUUGGCACAGCACUUUAUACCGGAAAUGAGCCUGGCAUUGUGUUCAAUCUCUACAACAACCCAACCAGCUACCCAAUCCCAGGCCCAGCAUUGAUGGCUGGUGGUAGCUCGGGAGGAGGAAGCGCUAGUGGCGGUGCGACUACGACGACAGCCAGAGCUACUGCAACUGCAACUGGAGCCACAACUACCAAAGUAACGACUUUGUUGACCGCAACAACUAGAGCCACGACAUUAGUGACCUCUACACGGACGAGCUCGCCAGCGACAAGCCCGACCAGUGGUGGUGGUAGUGGCAAUGCGGCAGCACUGUACGGUCAGUGCGGUGGCUCUGGCUGGAGUGGUCCUACAAGCUGCCAGUCUGGCACCUGCAAAGUGCAAAACCCGUACUAUUCGCAGUGUGUGCCGAAUUGA